AUGUUCUUGUGUAAUGCCACUUUCCCUAGUGAAGCCAGAUUUGCUCUACUAGAAUGUACAUGUCUAUGGUUACGCAAAUAUAUUUUCAAGCUUCUUACCGCCUAUAUUAUACAUAAUUAUAGUUUAUAACCUAACCUGUACAAAGCCGUUUGUAUAUUUUUUAUCACAAACAUUGUUCAACCAUAACCUCUUUGAUUAUUAUGUGUUUAAUAUAAUGCAUUUAAAAUGACACAGGCUUAUGAUAAUUAUUAUAAUGAUUUUCAAAAGAAUGCCGAAUUACAACAAAAUCUGAAAUAUAAAAAGAAAUAUCGAAGAUUAAAGCGAAUCAUUAAGGAUACAGUAUUCGAAAAUGCAGCUCUUUGUGAUCAAGUAGCACAAAUGCAAGAAAAUCUUAUGUUAGUGAAAGAGGAAAGAUUAUUCCUUUUACGUAAAUUAUGUCAACAACAAGGAGAUAUAGAUCCUUCCUCUAUGGUAGCUCGAUCUCAGUCAAAUAGUAUUAAUUCCAGUUCAUUUAAUCCAGAGUGCUCCACACCUAAAAAGACUGCAAAAAAGAGAGUCUCCACUGAUGGUUCAGAAACAAAAAAUAAAGCUAAGCGUUAUAAUAAAACAACAAGAAAAGUAGUUCAAUUAAUACCAUUAGAUGUACAUGGAAGACCUAUAUUUCCUAUUGCUUUGGGUGAUCUCACUAUUUAUUCUCUCGGUGAAGUAGUUUCCGAUAGAAUUGCAUAUCAUACAGAAGAUCUUAUUUAUCCAGUAGGUUAUUGCAGUACUAGAGUAUAUGCCAACUUAAGAGAUGUAAGAACAAAAAGCUUAUAUACAUGUAAAAUAUUGGAUGGUGGACAGAAACCAAGGUUUGAAAUAGUAUCUGAUAAUGACCUUGAUCAAUCAUUAGUGGGAUCUACCCCUGAUGAGUGUCAUUCAAAGUUGUUAAUGGCAAUUUCUCCUGCACUUCGUUCAAUAACUCCAAAGGGUGCUGAUUUUUUUGGAAUUUCACACCCUACUGUACAAAAUCUCAUACAAAGUACACCUGGGACGCGUAAGCUUGCUAUGUACAAACAACAACGAUUUGAAGUAAGUAAAAAUCAAUCAGUGGAAAGAGGAACAAGUCCAAUAACAGAAGAAGAAACAGAUCCAGGUCUUGGAUUUGCUGCUUUACAUAGGCAUUAUGCUUUAACAAACUCUUAUCGAAUCAAAGAAGAGCCAGCUGAUAAAGACCUUUUAACUCUUCAAGAAUUUCUAGCAUAAUUUUUACACUUAACACACCAACACUUUGUUUCUUGUAAAAGGUAACCUUUUAUUUUAUGUACCAAUAUAUUAUAUAAAUUUCAUUAUUAUUAAGUAUUAUUUUCUAAGUUACAAUUAUGUGUUUAUAUACACAUAACUGAAAAUAUUUUAGUAUAGUCAAUAUUUGUUUCAAGAACUG